GCUGAGCUGCAGGAGCCGACCCCAUACGUAGGGGCCGGCGGGCGCACUACACUGGCAGUCUGAGGGUGGUGUCUGAAGUCAGAUGCUCCCUGUCUUUUCCUUGGCCUGGGUGACAGGCUCACGCUGCCCGGCUCAGGGAGUCCCGGGUUGCCCCGCCCAGCCGCCCGCGCCCUGCUUGGUGCGUGCAGAGUCCCCGCCCCCAGUCCCCACCCCCCGUAGCCUUAGGGGGGCACCCCCAUUGGGGCUGGAGGGUGGUCCGUCGUGCCCUGGUCGCCGAGUGGCGAGAGGUGACGGUAAGCUCCUUCCGAUUUCCGCCCGCCUGGCAGCGCCGAGGGGUAGUGCCAGUCGGGAGGCGCUCGGUCCUCCCUCGGCCCGCCCGCCCGCGAGGGGGGCCGGCCCUGCUUUGCCAGCGCCUUUUUCCCCCCCGCACCGCGGCGCCGCUCCGCCACUUGGGCACCGCAGGGAGGGCAGGAGGCUGGAGCGCCUGCUGCCCGCCCGCCCGUAAAAUGGUCACCUCGGCCGGACAGCUCGCCCUGUUCGCGCUCGGUAUCGUGUUGGCUGUGUGCCAAGCCCUGGAGAACAGCACGUCCCCCCUGAGCGCAGAUCCGCCUGUGGCCGCAGCAGUGGUGUCACAUUUUAAUGAAUGCCCAGAUUCCCACACUCAGUUCUGCUUUCAUGGAACCUGCAGGUUUUUGGUGCAGGAGGAUAAGCCAGCAUGUGUCUGCCAUUCUGGGUACGUGGGCGCACGCUGUGAGCACGCAGACCUCCUGGCCGUGGUGGCUGCCAGCCAGAAGAAGCAAGCUAUCACUGCGUUGGUGGUGGUCUCCAUUGUGGCCCUGGCUGUCCUCAUCAUUGCAUGUGUGCUGAUACACUGUUGCCAGGUCCGAAAACACUGUGAGUGGUGCCGCACCCUCAUCUGCCGGCACGAGAAGCCCAGUGCCCUCCUGAAGGGAAGGACUGCUUGCUGCCACUCAGAAACAGUGGUCUGAGGAGCCCCAAGGAGGAGUUUGGCCUGGUAGACCGUGGCAGCCUGAUAGAGAGAAGCCUCCUAUAGGUCAGCAGCACCAGGGAUGCCUGGGAUUUGCCAGAGGACCUUUCCUACUUUGCCUAUGAUCACCUGUGCAGCCUUUCAUCUUCUGUGGGCCUUCAAAACUCUCUCGAACUGUCUGCUUGGACUUGGUAUGCUCUGGAAAAGAAAUCAGUGGAUCACAAUUUAAAGACUAGUUAAGUGAUAACGGCAAAGGAGUGGCCUUCCUGUUUACCUACAUCGGGUGUGGACAGCGGUCACUGACUCCAGAUGUGUGCAACAGUCUCCCACCAGUCAUGGAUUCCAGGCUGUAUUUCUUCUUAAUGGGCUACCUCCCCUCAACAGAAUCCUGCCCAAUACUGGAGAUUCUAUUGUUGUUACUGUUUUCUCACAUGGCAUAGAAAGUGGUGAAGAGGAAAUGGCUUAUUGUUACAUGAAGACAAGUUUAAGAAAAUGCAUGUCCUCUGCCCACAAGGCCCUCAACCAGCCAUGCACAUGUGAUGUUGAAGACCUUCCCAUACUGUUGCCACCCUUGGAGAUAAUUUCAUAUUUAUUAGAUGGAUAAUGAUUUUUAAUUUCUUAAGUCAAUGUAAAAGAGCAUAAACCCCUCCAGAAGAAUUAA